AUGGUUCCAGAAAUGGAAAGUCUAGCUAAGGAUAUGGUGGAGAAGUGUAGAGGCUUAGCUCUUGCAAUUGUUGUAUUGAGUGGACUACUUUCGCAUAAAAGGGGGCUAGACGAAUGGCAAAAGGUGAAAGAUCACCUUUGGAAGAACAUUAUUGAAGAUAAAUCUAUUGAAAUCUCCAACAUACUAUCAUUAAGCUACAAUGAUUUGUCAACUGCGCUCAAGCAGUGUUUUUUAUACUUUGGUACUUUUCCAGAAGAUAAAGUGCUCGAGGCUGAAAACAUAAUAUGGUUGUGGAUGGCGGAGGGUUUCAUACCAAGAGGAGAAGAAAGAAUGGAGGAUGUCGCUGAAGGCUUCUUGAAUGAGCUGAUAAGACGAAGCUUGGUUCAAGUAGCUAAAACAUUUUGGGAAAAAGUUACUGAAUGUAGGGUUCAUGAUUUACUUCGUGAUCUUGCCAUACAAAAGGCAUUGGAGGUAAACUUCUUUGACAUUUAUGAUACAAGAUACCACUCCAUAUCCUCCUCAUGUAUCAGACAUGCCAUUCAUAGUCAAGGAGAAAGGUACCUCUCACUUGAUCUUUCUAACUUGAAAUUGAGGUCAAUUAUGUUCUUUGAUCACGAUUUUUCUAACACGAGUCUUAUAAAGUUCAGUAGUGUGUUCCGACAUUUAUAUGUGUUGUACUUGGAUAUUGAAGUUGGUAUUACACCUGAUGCCAUAGGAAGUUUGUACCACCUUAAGUUCUUACACUUGAGAGGUGUCUAUUAUAUCCCCCCUUCCAUUGGCAACCUCAAGAAUUUACAGACACUUCAUGCCAAGAGUAACUUUUUCUCAUGCCACCUACCUCCCGAAACAGCUGACCUAAUAAAUCUAAGACAUUUAGUUGCUCCAUAUUCAGAACCUUUGAAACGUAUAAGCAAACUCACAAGUCUUCAAGUUCUUAAAGACAUUUAUUGUGAUCAGUGGAAAGAUGUUAACCCUGUUGAUUUAGUCAAUCUUCGAGAAUUAAGCAUGAUUAAUAUUAGCAACUUUUACUCCCUAAACAACAUUAGCAGCUUGAAAAACCUUAGCACUCUCAGAUUGUCGUGUCCUGGUGAUGGACCAUUCCCAUCUCUUGAAUUUGUUAAUUGUUGUGAAAAGCUCCAGAAAUUGUUCUUAUAUGGGAGAAUAGAGAAACUGCCUGAUCUGUUUUCAAAUUCCAUCACAAUGAUGGUUCUUGAGUACUCAGAACUGAUAGAAGAUCCGAUGCCUAAUUUGGGAAUGUUGCCAAACCUAAGGGAUCUCCAAUUGAGAGGAGCUUAUAAAGGAAAGGAUAUAACCUGCAAUGAUAACAGCUUCAGUCAACUAGAGUUCCUUCGUCUUGAUAGUCUUGGGAGGCUAGAAAAAUGGCAUUUAGGCACAAGUGCGAUGCCUCUGAUUAAAGGUCUUUAUAUCUGUGAUUGUCUACACCUGAAGGAGAUUCCAGAGAGAAUGAAAGACGUGGUGAAGUUUUCCAAAAGCCUAUAUGUGGUCUAUAAUAGGAAAGGAGAUGAAGCUGUCACUUGA